AUGGAUAUAUUUACAAAAAUAAGACAUUUUGAUAUAUCAAGUUAUAAAAAAGUUAAAGCUAUUAAAGAGGAUAAUGAAAGUGAAUUUUUUGAGGAACAUUAUGAAGAAAAUAAUUAUCAAAAAAAUGAAAAUAAUAAAUUACAAUGUAUACCAAUUAUUUUGCCAAUAAUAGGUCAAAGUUUAGAAAAUAAUGAAAGAAUAAAAACAACUAUUCAGGAUGAUGGAAGAGUUAGCAGAUAUGAUAAUGUCAGUAGGCCUUUUUCAAGAUUAUCUUUAUCAACAGGCGAUUUAAGUUUAAGAAGUAAAGAUACUGGUACUAUCUUUGAAGAAGGAAACAGUAAAAAAGCUUUUUUAACUGAUUUUUUAUACGGUUCUAGAAGAAGUGUUUUUAAUUCCCUUAUGAAUGAGUCAAAAAAAGAUAUAUAUAAUAAUGAUGGUGGUGGUAAUAAAAAAUCUAAAUAUCAUUCACCAAUAUAUUUAAAAAUAAAAAUAUUUUAUGAUAGAUUUAAUCUACGACAUUUUGCUCCAUUUUUAAUAUUAAUAAUAUAUGCUUUUCUUGGAGCUGGUUUAUUUUAUUAUGUAGAACAUGAAAAUGAAAUAGAAAUAAAAAAAUUAGAAGAAAAUCAAUUAAAUAUUUUAAGAAAUGAUACAUUAAAACGUUUAAAAAAUAUUAUGUUAGAUGAUGUUAUAACUUUAGGAUCAAAAUUAAUAACGGCAAAAGAUAUUUUUACACAUUAUGAAAAAGAAUUAUUAAAAGUUAAAGGUGAACAAAGACUUGAUUGGGACUUUAUUGGUGCUUUAUAUUAUGUUGGAAGUAUUAUGACAACAAUAGGAUAUGGUAAUAUUUACUGUAGAACAAAUAUUGGACGUGGUUUAACUAUAAUUUAUAGUAUAAUUUCAAUUCCAUUAGUCUUAGCUAUUUUAUCACAUUGUGGUAGAACAUUAACAACAUUUUUUAGUAAUAAAUGGAUUAGAUAUAGAAAUAGAUUAAAAGAAGAAAAACGUAAUUUAUUAAAAAUUAAAAAAACUGAUAAAAAUAAUGGAAAUGUAAUAGUUAAGAAUGGUGAUACAUUUAUAACAAUUAAUGAUGAAGAUAAUGAUAAAAGUAUAAUUGAAGAUAGUAUAAGAGAAUCAAGAACUAUUCCUAUAUGGUUAGCUUUAUUUUUAUGUGUUGGAUGGAUAUGUUUUUGUGCUGGUCUUUUUUGUUUAUGGGAAAAACGAUGGUCCUAUUUUACAUCAUUAUAUUUCUUUUUUAUAUCUUUAUCAACAAUUGGUUUAGGUGAUGUUGUACCAGAUCAUCCACAUAUGCUUGUAUUAUUAUUUUGUCUUGUAAUAAUUGGUUUAUCAAUUGUAUCUAUGUUAUUAUCAGUUAUUCAAAUAAAAAUUGAAGAAUGGUUUUAUGAUUUAAUGAUGAAAAUGCAAGAAGAAUAUAGGAAAGCAAUGGAAAAUGGUGAUACAGAAAAAGCUAAUGAAAUAAGAGAACAUUUGUUAGAUGGAGAACCAUGGUACAUGAAACAGAUGGCUUCUCAUUUGUUGUCAGAUAAUCAAAAUAUUAAACUUGAUGAAGUUGCAGAAAAAUAUGAAAUGGUUAUGAAAAGUACAAAUACUCGUUAUGUACAAACUGAUAAUAUUAUAAAAAUGGAAGAUAUUGGAAUUGGAAGUGAAAUUGUUGAAUCACAAUUAAAUGAUAGUAGUAAUGUUAUUGAAGAAAUAUCAAUAAAUAUUGAUGAAUAUGAAGUACAAAAAAAGAGCAAUAUUCAAAGUAACAAUUCAUCAAUUGUUGAAUAUUUAUCUAAAAUUGAAUGUGAUAUUUCAUUGGAUAAUGAUAAAAAAAAUAUAAACACAAAAAUUGAAGAAGAUAAUUCUAGUAUAGCUGAUGCAUUAUCAUUACCCUAUGACAGUAACGAAGAGGCGUCUGUGGGUGUAAAUAUAUUAACAGAAGAAAAAAAAUUAAUUGACUCAUCAAUAAAAAAAGUUGAAUUAUGUGAUAAAAGCGUUGAAAUGUCAUUAAAAAAUGAAGAAUCAAAUAUUAUAAAAAUUGAUUGUGGUACGGAUAUGGAUAAUAAUGAAUAUAAAGUAAUGGUUAAUCGUAGUGUUGAAAAUUUAUAUUCAGAAAUAAAACCACCUUUAAAUUUAAAUGAAGCAAGUACAAUGACAUUAUUUAAUACAACUGAAGGUGAAACACAAACAAGUGAAAAAUGUUAUCAUAAUAAAGAAAGUAGUACAAAUGGAUUAGUAAAACUUUGUGAUGCAAAUUAUGGAACAUCAAAAAUUGAUAGUAGAACAAUAUCAUUAAAUACAGAUUUUGUCAAUGCAUCAACAUCAAUUGAUGAAAAUUUUGAUUUUUGUGAAGAUAAAUCACAACAAACAUCAAUAUUUGAAGAUAUUAAGAUCUCAGAAAUGACAAAAAAAUACGAGUUAGAGAUAGGUGAAAUGAAAGAAAAAUUGGCUGAAUUAGAAAAGGUAUAUUCAUCAGCAUCUUCUAUUCAAUCUCGAGGAUAUUCUGAUACCAGUGUUCAAUGUCAUUCACUUUCUGGAUCUCCAGGUCCAUCAUUAAUACAUAUCGCUAUAUCUACUACACCACCACCAGAAUCUGUUGAUGUUGGUUUAAUGACAACCUUAACAUCUAAUCAUAUUAAAAAAAUGGAAAAAAGUAAUAAAAAAAUAAGUAAUGUUAUAAAAAAUAAAGAUAAUAUAGUAGAUGAAAUAAAAAAACCAAUUAAACAUGAUUUAAUAAUUCAAACAGAUGAUUCAUAUUUAAAAAUAGCUAGAAGAUUAAAUGAGUAUAAAACACAAAAAAGUACAAAUUUGUCAGUUGUUGCUGCUAAACCAUUAAAUGUUAAUGAAAUAAAUUCAUUAAAUUAUAAUGGUAUUAUACCACCAAGUGAAAGAAGGGAAUAUAGUAAAGAACCAAAAAGUAUUAGAAAAAGAUUUGGUACAAUAAAAAGAAAAUUACAGGGAAAUAAAGGAAAUCAUCAAUCAAAUAAUUCAGUUGGAAAUAUGUCUGUUAGUUAUUGUGGUGUUAAUGAAGAAACAAAAUAUAAUUUAAUUCCAGAUCGUAUGUUUUGCAGUGAUGAUGGAAGUGGUUUGGAUUUUGAUAACACAAAUGAUGAUGAUAUAGUUGUUAGUGAUUCUAAUAUUAGGCAUAAUGCCAGUAAUAUUACAUUAUGUGGUUCAUUAAAUGAUAGUUCAAAUGAAGAAAAAACUUUAUCAAGAAGUAAUUCUAAAGGAUCAACAUCAAGAAAAACAUCAACAUCUAGAAAAACAUCAAUAUCAUCAAUUGGUAGACAAAAAUCUUUACCACCUAGUGUUCAAAGAGGUAAAGUUUCAGAGUUUGUAGCUCAACAUGAAAAAGGUGUACAUGAUCCAGGUACAGCAAAAGGUAGAAGAAAAAGUUUAAUAACUAUUGUUGAUAUGCGUGAUCAAAAUUGUUAG